CUUCUUUAACAAAAAUACAGAGUGCUCCUUUAAAGCAAAAGGGUGACAUUCAAUAUGAAAAAGUUCAAUAUCGAACAGUUGGAUACACUAUGUGCAUUUAAAUAUAUUGACACCUAUGACAUUACAGUAUACGUCAUGUUCGGCACACGGACAUAUGAAAUGUCCAGAGAUCAGAGCUCUCUGUACUGAGCGCUCCUCUUCCUCACACGCCUCUGCUCGGACUUUGUGGACGGUCCCUAAGCGGCCCGGUGAGCUCGUAGACGUUCGCGGAGCCGCUCGGCCUCACACGGCUGUUUGUUUAUAGCACUGGCCGGAGAGGGAAAAGUUGGCGAUGACACGCUGAGGAGGAGAAACUUUGCCGAGGACACAACUGUGCCGUCCCGCCGACUAUGAGGAGCAUCGGGCCGACGGAACGGUCUAAACAAUUCUUCUUGAAAUGAACAACCCUGAGCCAAAGGAGGACUUUCAGCCCCCACACUGAAGCCAAGGCCAGCAGGCUGCAUUUGUUACCCAUUCAUUGGUGUUCAUCAGACCAUGAGCACACUCCAGCAGCUGGGGACUAUGUCUUUCCUGGUGAAGAAGAAGAAGUUCAAGUUUCAGGUGCACUUCACACUGGAGGAGCUGACAGCAGUGCCUUUCGUCAACGGAGUGCUUUUCUGCAAGAUCCGGCUGGUUGAUGGUGGGGACUUUGCCACCUUGUCAUCCAGGGAGGAGGUGCAGCAGAACUGUGUUCGUUGGAGGAAGAAGUUCUCUUUCGUGUGUAAAAUGAGUGCAAAUCCAAUCACCGGAGUGUUGGACCCCUGCCUCUGCCGGGUCUCUGUACGCAAGGAGCUCAAAGGAGGAAAGGCCUUCUCAAAGCUAGGUUUUGCUGAUCUCAACAUUUCAGAGUUUGCUGGUUCAGGCUCUACAGUGCGCUGCUGCAUCCUGGAGGGUUAUGACACCAAAAACACUCGACAGGACAAUUCUAUUCUCAAGGUAACAAUUGGGAUGACUCUUCUGUCUGGGGAUCCCUGCUUUAAAACGCCUCCCAGUACAGCCAAAUCUGUGUCCAUCGGGGACGAGGACCCCACUCUGCAGCUGGACCGGAAGGGUGAGAGCACUGAUGCCACAGGGCAGCCGCUGGGAGGCAUCAUGGUGGGGCCUCGCACCUUCAAAACCAGACAGUCGUCAGGACGUAGCUCAGGGCUGCCUGAGGAAGGGGAGAGUGUGUCCAGCCCAGACGAGGUCUUUCACACCGGUCAUUUCCGCAGCUCCAGCUAUGCGAGCCAGCACAGCAAGAUCUCAGGCUACAGCACAGCUCACUCUCGCUGCUCCAGCCUGACUGACCUCAGUCACCACAGGAACCCGUCCUCCAGCAGCAGCGCCUCCUGUGGGCUCGCCCACCCCUCCCAGCAGCCUCCCUCCACCCCCACCGAACCGUGCCGGCAAGCGACUCCAACCAAACCAGAGAGACCUCCUCCACCCUCUGCAGCAGCCCUCAUGUCCAACCGAUCCUCCAGGAGAAAGAAGGACACUGUGGAGAGGCAGCCCAGCUGUGUGGACGACACCCGCAUUGAUGCCGACGACAUUGUGGAGAAGAUUGUCCAGAGUCAGAACUUCUCUGACAGCAGCAACAAUGAAGACAGCAACUUGAGGCUGUUUGUCAGCAAAGAUGGGACCACUGCCCUCAGCGGGACGCAGCUCGCUAACAGAGGAACGCCUGGUGUGUUUGAGCCGGUGGUCAUCGAAACUCACUGAGAGACACAUCAACAACAGUCUUCAGCCUCACCGACUGGGUGUCUAUGUACAAGUAUGUGCAUACAUGUCUUCAGUGCACACAGGCUGAGAUAAGAAUACUAUGAUAUAGAUAGGAGCCUUUCUAGUAUAUUUAAUCAGGUGUUGGGAGGUGACAUACCAUUAUUGUAUGUUUUUUUAAAAUAGUGGACAGACAUUUCAAUCUGCUCCUGUUGGCUGUGUUGAUUUGCACUUCCUGCUCAGAGUCAACAUGUCCUCUUCGUUUCUGUUUUACAUUAAAACACAGUCCAGGGAGAACAGGGAAGUUUUUUUUUUUUUGGAACAUCUGCAGGAAGUGUGGAGUUUGAUUCCAGCAGCAUAACAGUGUCAAAAGUGCAGCAAAGUAGAAUCAGAAUUAAUUCAAUAUUAAAUGAAUACAGAGUCAUGCACAAGAAUUAAUGAUUGAUGCUCUGGAAUGACCUGAAUUAUGUGCACAUAUGAUAAGUACUCUUAAUGUCAUGUUAGCUUUUUCUUUUACUGUAACUUGGGUCAGUCAGUCGGCAUCAGGCUAACUGCCUCUUUCAUACUGAAUUCACUCCUUCAUAUUGAUUUUGUGUGGACAUUUAACUCACAUCAUGUCCUCAUCCCAUCACCACUCUCUAACUUAUACCGCUGUAAUGCUCUAUCUAAGCAGUACUGGCCUGCUGUGUUAGCUGUCAAAUACAGAAGGUAAAAAAAGGUAAAAAUAAACACUAAUUAGUUGACAGGGCGUGGAUAUACUUGUUAUAUCGCUGCUGUUGUCUGUGACAUCCAUAAAACAAUUUUUGAACCAUCCACAAUAUUGUUUAAACCCAGGGAGGCAUGUUUUGUUAUAUUUGUUUAAAGAUCUCUCAGUAAUCAAACCUCAAUCAGAUGCUGAAAAAAACUGGGUGACUGGAGGUUGCAGGUCGACCUCCAAUUUGCGGAGAAACUGCAGUUGAAAUUUCCCAGUACCGACAUGGCAGUUCGACAGCCGUGAGUGCUAAAAUUGAUUUAAAAUUGAUUAUGAUCAUGUCAGCAAUGUUGGCACAGAGCAGCAGCCGGUACGUUCAUGACGCCUGUUUUGCUAGUGUGUAUAUUCUUGUGGCAUUUGACAGAGUUGUGUAUUUGUGUAUUUAUUCUCCUUUAAAAGUCUAAGAACUUGCGGAGUGUAGCGAACCCGCCGGUCACACACAACUCCCAGCUGGCCAGUGAGAGCUACGAGCCAGUCGGUGUUGUUACAGUCAGGUGGUGCACAGGCGUGGGUUCAGGAGGGGGGAGGAUUUUUUUUUAUUUGAUACUUUAAGAAUCUAGCCUGCUCCUGUGGAUAUUUCCACUGUUACUUACUCCAGCUUUAACGGUCUAUUUAUUCACGUGCACACAUUUUUAGUUUGAGAGCAUUAAUGACUAAUUUUUUUUCUGUUUUUUCCCUCCCGAGACUUAGAGAUGAGUAUUUCUGAGGAGAAACUCGGAGCAAAGAGCCAUGACUCUGAUUUCAUAUCGACUGUCUGUAUGGUAUGAUUACCAAUUAUUUAGAUUUCUCCACUUUUUUCUAAGCUGUAAUUUUAAGAGCCAGAUUCUGUUCGAGAAUUCACAGUAAUACAGUGAUCACAUUCUUUAGAUUGUGCGUGUGUGUCAGACAAAUCUCUGGUUCAGUAAGUUCCUGGAAUCAGUAAUUGUUCAUGAUGGCCUUUUGUCUCUUUCCUCACUGAGUGGAAAUGACUAUAACUCCAGUUCCAACAGCACUUAAACAGUGACAUCAAGCAUUAUGAUAUGUGACAGCAGAACACACUUGCACUCACACCUGUACAGUAAACAUGCAAGCGGAUGCACCACAAUUAAUUUAGCAAUCUUCUGUUAUUACAACUGCAGUGUAACAGUUCUUACAUAGGUGUACAAUUUAUUAUUCUUUAAACAUUUGAGAAAAUAAUCUGAUAUGACAUCACCCUGCGCUGCCUGUGAAUUGUCAAUAGAUAAGUCACUUCUGUAGUAAACCUGUUCACUGUACAGGGAUUCACAAUGAGCAUUACUGAACGAGGUACCAGUCUGAAACACACCUAGUGAAACUUUCAUUAGUGCCAAGCGCAGAAAUUACUUGAAUAUCCUGAAGACCACUUGUAGUGCAACACUGAUAUAACGGUGCGUUCAGUGGGGCCUCAUCAACCUGUAGAGUUGAAGAUUUCUGAGUUCACCACCAGGAGGUAGUACCUGAUCACGUUAUCACUCUCUGACUUUACGGGUUGAAAGGGACCCACUGAAUGCAGCACAAGAAAUGGAACUGAAGCUUUUGUCCUGUUAAUAUGUUUUGAUGCUAUUUGAUCACUGUAUAUUCAUACUUAUUAUACUAUUAUGCACAUGUGUACUCAGUAGGAGGAUUGUUAGAGACCACUAAAAUGAAAUGGAGAUAAUGUGGUUCUCUAAAAUGACAAAGAACACGUUGUGUUGUUAUUUUUAUUUUACAUUUCUCAUUCAAUACUGUUCUAUAGGAAAAAAUGCAAUUUGGUGAAUCUGGCUUUGCGUUCAUGUGGCUGGCCACAUGCAACCGUCUGCUGUCUGCACUUACUAAGUACUUUUUCAAUCUUGCAUCUGACAAUCUUGAUUGGAAACUAAUCAAGAUUGUCAGAUGUUAUGGUGACGGUAUUCUUUGCUCACACACUUUGUGCAGAGCUUUGUCACAGCCCAUGCUUCACAUUCAGAACACAGAUUAUCCUGAUCCAAAGAGCAAGUGUGUUAUGAUUAGGAGGUGCCUAAAGACAUACAUUGAACAUUAUGUUGCAACAGGCUGAAAGUUACUGAGCUGCCUUCAUUGAUUUAACCCGUGGAACAAGCUGCACACAAACACCAUACUGAUAUUUUAUCAUAUUGUUAGUUUUUUAAAAGUUUUUCACAGUUCCCCCACAAACACAGAGCAACAUCUGUAUUUAUUUGGAGUCAUAUUUGUCUGACCUCAUGAAUGUCAGUCCAGUAUUCAUGCUCAUUGUAGCUCUAUGUUUGGUCUCAACCAACUCCUGAGAAACAUAUCUGGCUGUUAGGCUGCUAAAUGCUCAACCAUGUUCUCAACUGUCUCUGCCUGCUGUUUGGUCGAGAGCAGGUAGCUGGAAAACCAAAACAAUGAGCCAAAAGAGGAUAAAAAGCUCAGUAGACCUGAGGGGAACUGCAGAGUGGGUGAUUUCACUACAAGUGACCAAUAUAUCAUCACACAUAGCCGUUUGAUCCUUUCUUAUUAUUUAGAAAUGCUGAGUGCAGCUUUAAAGGGGCACUACGUGGUUUUGGAGAAGAAAUUCAAACUCAGAUUUUUAAUAUUUACAAUAUUAAUAAGGUAAUAAUACAAACUCAGAAAUACAUAUUCUUCCACAAUUGAAUAAACAUGCUGCUCUCAGAGGAAAAUAAGGUCCCAGAAGACUGUUUGAAGCUAGAAAGGCGGCAGGGUCCGCCACAUGUAAACAAAGUAAAACAGUAUAGAUUGUGUUGUCCUUUAAGUUCAGUUUGUUUAUUCAGUCAUAAAACCAAAGACAGUUUAUUUAAGUUUGUUUAGGCAGAAAGAAAUCAGCCAAAGAAGAUCUUUCUCAUUAACGUUUCUUCACCUGAACUACAGCGUGCUCCUUUAAAGUACAAUAUAUUCUUGGUGAUUCACCUUGAUAUCACAGCUUGUGCCAUUCUGAGUAGAUUAUCUGUUGGCUAUUAAUUCAAGUCAGUCAUCCAACUUCAACCAGCCAAAAUUAAUGAGAGGCUCAGAUUAAUGGAACUGACUAUAAGAUCACUGGCCUCCUACACUGACUGCACAGUAUUCAAACAAAGACUGAUUUCAGACAGAACUCUUUGCACUUUGUAGUUUUCGACAGUUUUAGUUUUAUAAGGGGGCUGCGAUAAAGCGUAGGAACUCAAAGUAGAUCAACAAGGCGUUCCUGUUUUUCUGUAUCAUCGCUGAGCAACUUGUUUCAACUCUGUCACUUUGUGUAUAGAGCUACUGUAACAGUGAUUGUGUAGGCCGAGUGUUGGCUGUCGUGAGGUCAGUCCCACAGCUGCAGCAACACAAAGCCCAUGUUGUCCCAGGCCUGGCAAUAUACAAUAGAUCCUCACCCCCACAGGAUUCAUCUAUGUGUUUGUGUAUUUGCACAGUGUGUAUGUUAAUGUCUUUGUUGUUGUACUGUAUGUGAAUGUGAAUGUGCCGCUAUAUGCAUGCUGGCCAUGCAUGUUUGAAUGAUGUUAUAUCAGAUACUGGAAAGCUUCCUGUUUUUUGUUUUUUUUUUCUCUGUGGCCCAUCAAGCCCUGGUCAAUACUAGUAAAAUACUGCAUAAAUCAAUUAAAUACAGGAGAACUGGUGGGUUCACUGGUGACCGCUUGUCGACUGCUCUGAAAUGUGUCACAUGGUGUUCCAGCCUCAGCAGAGUUUUCUGUUGCCGUCCACACUAAAGUACAAAAACUAAGAAUGUAUCAGUAAAAACAGUCUGUAUCAACUCUGUCUGUUGUCCAAUAGCAGUCCAUAUUUAUCACUUGCACAUGCUUUUAAAUAAAGUUCCCAACGGUAUCUAUGUACAUGGAGGUGGACCGUGUACAUACAGUACAGAAAUGAAUAUGUGGGGUUUUAUAUGUAACCCUCCAGUCUAUUUUCUUUUGGAUUUUCAGACCAGCGGGCUGGUCCACAUAUUUCUAUUUGAAAGCUAAUAUUAUAUGGUGAGAUGGGACUUAAAGGAUUUUUUAUUUCCAGUGAAGGGUGUGGUCAUUAGGAAAUACAUACAGCAAGGAGAACCGUUGUGUUGGUGAAUUGUCUACUACUGUGAUUAGUUACAGAAAUACUCUUCCUUUCCUUUGUACUUGACUUUAUGUAACCUGUGGCCUUAUUAAUUACAUUCAUACGAAUAAAUGUCUUAUUUCUUGGGGUCAAAGGGUUUUUUCUUUCCUGAUGAUUUGAAGUUAAACAGAAUUAUUGCAUAAUUAGAUUGGGAUUAUACUGCAUUUGUAGCUGUAAUAGUGAUUAUUUGCAUUGGAAGAAGGUUUUGGUGAGGAGGAUAUUAUUAAAUUCAAUUUACGGCAGACACAUUUGCCCUUAUACCUACAUACUUGUCAAAUUAGUAUAAUUAUAAUACUAAUUCAUUAAUAACCAUUGUGUGUUAUGUACAGUUUUGAUACAAUGUUGUUGUUAAAGUAAAGCAGAGAAUUUAAAAUCAGAUCUAUUUGGUUUUGUGAUGGGUUUUAAAUGCUCCUACAAAUAUUUCCUCUCCUUGUAUUAAAAUGCUCUGGCGUACAUGUAAAUGUCACAUAAAGAGUUGUAAUUAACUGUUAUAUUAAUAGGAGCAUGUAAGUACACCAGUGGUAAGCAAUGAAUUAUGAUUUGCAUAAACAUGCAUACCAAAUAAAAUGUCAAAGCCUGCAAUCAUCA